AUGGCUGACCUUCACAAGACCACUUCGGGAGUCGACCGCUUUGCGCCUCCUCGAGAGGAUGAAGAGGCGAUCACAGUCUCUCGGGAUUGGACCCCGGAAGAAGAACGACGAGCGAAGCGCAAGUUGGAUUUGAUCAUCAUGCCGCUGUUGUUCCUCGGGUUCUUCUGUCUUCACCGAGGUAACAUCGCCAACGCGCUCACGGACAACUUUAUGAAAGACGUCGGGAUCAACCAGGACCAGUUCAACGUCGGACAACAGAUGCUCUCGCUCGGGAUCGUCCUCUUUGAGAUCCCUUCCAACAUGAUCCUCUACAGGGUUGGACCUGGCAAGUGGCUCACCCUCCAGCUGUUCUUCUUUGGGAUCGUCAGCACGUUCCAAGCGUUCCAGAAUUCGUACGGAUCUUUCAUCGCCACCAGGUUCCUUCUCGGCGUAUCAGAGUCAGGCUUCAUCCCCGGUGGUCUGUGGACUUUGUCGACCUGGUACACCAGGGACGAGACGGCCAAGCGAACUAUGAUCUUCUACUUCGGUAACCAAGCCGGCCAAGCAUCAUCCAAACUCCUCGCCUACGGAAUCCUCCACAUGCGAGGCGUCGGUGGCAAACCCGGUUGGUUCUGGUUGUUUGCGCUCAUGGGCGCCUUUACGGUGGCGAGCGGGUUCGUCCUAGGGUUCCUGCUUCCGGAUUCGUUCAAGAACCCUCGGAGCACGUUCUUGCCGAAAGUCAGCUUUUUCACGAAGAGGGAAUUGCAUAUCCUCAAGUCGAGGGUCUUGUUGGACGAUCCGAUGAAGGGGAAGAAGAAGAAGCAUAUCGGGUUGAGCUCGUUCAAACAAGCCUUCUCCAACUGGCGCUUGUGGAUCCACUUCCUCAUCACCUUGUCCAAUAACGGACCUCAGCGAGCGUUCGACACCUAUUCGCCAUCGAUUGUCAACAGCUUCGGAUUCGCCCCGUUGGCGAGCAACGCCUUGGCUUCCGUCGGUCUGUUCCUCCAGAUCCCGGUCUCUUUCUGUUUCAGUUACGUCUCCGACCGCAUGAACGCACGAGGACAGACGGUCAUGGCCGGGAUGAGUUUUCACCUGUUGGGAUACGUCUUCAACCGGAUCUUUACCGAGAUCAACCAGCGGGGGGUACGAUACUUUGGGGUAGUCUGGACGCAGACGUUUGGAACCUUUUCUCAUCCCCUUAACAUCGCUUGGAUGUCGCUCACUUGCCGGGAUUCAGAGGAGCGGGCGUUGGCGAUGGCAAUGGUCAUUAUGGGCGCCAAUAUUGCUGGUAUCUACGGAGCUCAGAUCUUCCGACAAGAUGACAGGCCUCGUUACCGAAGAGGCUUUUCCAUCAACAUCGGUGUCCUCGCUUUCGGUCUCUUCUUAGCGACCGUGAGGUUCAUCGACGAUUUCCGACGACGUCGAAGGGGAGACCAGCUCGAGAACGCCUCGGGGAGGUCGAGCAGUGAGAGGCAAUCCGAAGAGGGCGAUCUGGCGGAAGUGCCUGUGGUGGACGAAAAAGGGCGACCUUUGUCUCGAUCGCAGCUGUCGGAUCAAGACAAGAAGACGUCGAUAUAGAUACCAAUGGAUUGACGUGUAGCUAGCCUG